AUGGAAAAGACCGAUCCUCAAUAUGACGACCUCAAUUAUGAUGACCUGACAACAGCUCUUAGUAGGUUAGAUACGAAGGUGAAGGGAGAGGCUAUGUAUGGUGAUGAUCCUAUAGUAUUAACUUAUCUUAAAAGUGAACUAGACUAUGUGAAGAAUCUCAUGGAGAAACGUGCAAUAGAAGAAACAACUUUCACCGAAGGAAACGAUGGUACAGUGAACAUUUCAGGACCAUCACGAAGUUCAACGGUUCCAGGGGUAGAUUUUGUGGAGGAUCCAAACAAUUUACUUCCAGAUGUUCUAGAUGCAUUUGAUGAUUCAUUUGACACUGAUUGGUUCAAUAUAGAGAAACGUCUGAGUAAACUAAAAAAGUUCUCAGAAGACCGACUCACAGUAAGUAAGAAAAGAGACUUUGAAAACUAAGUAGAACGUGUUCAGGCUGUCACAAGAGUUAUCAAGGGUAAGGAGGGACUAAUACUAGACCCUAAGAAUAAAUAUGUCAGGGAACUCAUCAAGAGAUCAUCUGUCAGAACACUCAAUGAUGGGACAGAGGUGUUGGUAUUUAGAAGUGAACAAGGUAUUGACAAAAGUGGGACACAAAUAAUGAAACGUGGUAAGACCAAGAUUCCAGUGUACUCCAAGAACUCCAUUGCAUUGAGAGAAUACAAGGACCUUAUAAAGAAAAUAAAAGAGGUACCUACGGAUCCCGACAAUAUAAUUGGAAGUGAUGAAUCAAUUUACGAGGACACUAAAGAAGAGCCACAAUUUGAUGAAAGUAGUGAGGAAUUCGCUGACCGUGAGAACAUUGGGUUAAUAGACAUAGGUGCAAAAAUAGGAGACCUUCCAGGGCUAACAAUGGAAGAAAACAAUGAACUGAGGGGUGUUCUUAACCCACCUGAGGGAUCAAGUAUGGAAGGCAGAAUAGGACCAGCAGGUACACUGCAAAUACAAGCGAAUUACUUUGAUGAAGCUAUUGGUAGAACUGUAGAGCAAUUAAGCCACUGAAGCUGAGGGUACAACUGAGUACAAUGCUCUUAUAGAAAGAAUUGAUAGUCUAAAGGAAGCUAGAGAUCGAACCCUAGAACAGAGAGUAUUAGAGGAAACCAAAGAGGCGCAGUUGGAAGAUAUUUCCAGAUUACGUAAGUUUGUGAAAUGGUUAGGGGAGGAGAAGGUGGGUCUAACUGGAAUAGCAAUAUCAACAGCAGGUCUACUAACAACUAUUCUUAUUCAUGCCCGGGGAGCCAUUGUGAAGACAGCAAAGGCCACUGGUAAAGUAGCAAAAGCAUUAGCAAAUUUAGCGAAGAAAGCAGGACCAAUUCUAGCUCCAAUCCUAAACACAGUUGCAACGGUGCUAUCGUGGGGAGCUAAAGGAAUUACCUGGUUAGCGUCACACUUAUGGGUAUUAGCUGUAGCGGCUGCCCUACUUGUGUACAACAAUUACAACAAGUAAAGUAUAAUGGAUAAACCUGUGGAAACCAAUGAAGCAUGGAUGGAUAGGGUAAGUGACGUUCGUGAUGAAUUCAAUAGUGAAUACUACGAGAUCUGGGAAGGAGACCUAGGAGCUGAGGACUUAGAUGAGCUGAAUAAAUUAUACCCUGGCUAUAGGGAAAUGAAACCUGAAGAUAUGGACUCUGAAAUAGACAUUCUCCGAAGGAAGAUAACGGGACCCGAGCAAUUGGAAGAGAAAGAGGAUAUUAAAAGAGAAAUUGAGUACGUUAGUCAGCUAAGAAGAAUGAAGACCUGGAAGAAUUCCGAAACCAAGUUAUAUCUUAACGCAACCCAUCGUACUCUCAAGGAAGAGGUAAAAAUAUUAGUUGUACUCAAGAGAAUAGCUAAGGCUGAAGUUAGAAGGAACGACUACUCGGAAAAAAUAAACAAGUAAAGAGUAUUAUAGGAAACCUAGGUUUCGAUCCUGAUGAGCCUGAAAAAGAGCUAGAAGUAGAGGAAGAAGAAGCAGCUAGGAAGAAGGAGGAAGAAGACCGUAUGAAGGCCGAAGAGCUAGAACGUUAUAGACUUAUGGAAGAAGCCAAAUGUCAGUGGUAGGAAGCUGAGACUAAGAGACGCCGGGAAGCUGUUGAGAGUGAUAAGGAAAAAACAGAGUACUGGAGAAAAAAGCUCGAAGAACGGGAAAAAGAAAAGUAUAAACCUAAGGAAGAACCUAAGAAAGAACCUAAGGAAGAACCUAAGGAAGAACCUAAUAAACCCAAGACAGAGAAGCCCUAUAGAGGUAAAGAACCCAAGAAGUCCAACAGAGGUAAGGAGACUAGGGAGCCUUUACCUGGGGUAGACACUGAAUGGGUAGAGGAUACUUUCAACUUUGAGAACCUCCUAUUUCAGGUCGCAGAGGAUAGUAUCCCAGAAGAUGAUCAACCUAUAUUCAGUGGUGAUAGUACGGAAAUCAUGUUGAAGGAUAUUAGAGAAGAUCUUACGAGACAUGAAAGAUUCAAAUCAUGGGUUGAAGAUAACUUCGGAUUUGUGCUUGCAGGUGUUAUGGUAUCAGUUGCUGCUCUUCUUUCAGCUAUUAUCAUACAGACUAGAAAACUAUCCUCAAUGACAGCAGAUUCCACGCACGGAGGCGGAGGUCCUUCACCGUCACCAUUUCCACUUCCUGAUAUAGUAAGCAAACUGAUUAAAUUCAUAUCAUCAAACUUAUGGGUGGUAGCUGUAGGUAUCGGAAUAAUUUUACUUUACAUGAACAGCUAA